UGGAGUCGCUGACUGUCAUUCAGCCGCGCGCACAAAGGUGAGCGCACCGUCAGCCAUAUUACCAGCGCCGGACUCUGUGCUCAUUUCCUCGGAGGGAGGGGAAUUAUCGGCCGAAGCUGGACUGAAUUUACUCACCGGCUCUGAGGGAGGCUCCGUGGAAACUCACAUUAUUCUGAAUCUUUGACGGGAUCUACAACAGGACUCAAAAUGCCUAAACCUGUAAAUGUUCGCGUCACUUCGAUGGACGCGGAGCUGGAGUUCGCCGUCCAGCCCAGCACAACUGGCAAGCAGCUCUUUGACCAGGUGGUGAAGACCAUUGGAUUACGUGAAAUAUGGUACUUCGGACUACAGUAUAUGGACGGCAAAGGGUACCUUACAUGGCUGAAACUUGAUAAAAAGGUCUCCGCGCAGGAUGUCAAGAAGGAGAACCCCAUCCAGUUUAAGUUUCGGGCUAAAUUCUUCCCAGAAGAUGUGUCGGAUGAGUUGAUCCAGGAGAUCACUCAAAAGCUGUUCUUCAUGCAAGUAAAAGAUGGCAUUCUGAGUGACGAAAUCUACUGUCCUCCAGAGACUGCGGUGCUUCUGGCCUCCUAUUCAGUGCAGGCCAAAUUUGGUGAUUUCAGCAAGGAAUUGCACAGGCCUGGAUACCUGACGUCAGAUCGCCUCCUGCCCCAACGGGUUCUAGACCAGCACAAGCUGUCACGGGACCAGUGGGAGGAGAGGAUUCAAGUGUGGCACGAGGAACAUCGAGGAAUGCUCAAAGAGGACGCAAUGCUUGAGUAUUUGAAAAUUGCUCAGGAUCUGGAAAUGUAUGGGGUGAACUACUUCGACAUCAAGAACAAGAAGGGAUCGGAGCUAUGGCUGGGUGUGGAUGCCCUGGGCCUAAACAUCUAUGAGAAAGACGACAAACUCACACCGAAAAUUGGAUUCCCCUGGAGCGAAAUAAGAAACAUUUCCUUCAACGACAAGAAGUUUGUCAUCAAGCCUAUAGAUAAAAAAGCUCCAGAUUUCGUGUUCUACGCCCAACGUCUGCGCAUUAAUAAGCGUAUCCUACAGCUGUGCAUGGGGAACCAUGAGCUGUACAUGCGCCGCAGGAAGCCGGACACCAUCGAGGUGCAGCAGAUGAAAGCACAGGCUCGAGAGGAGAAACAACACAAACAGAUGGAGAGAGCUCAGCUGGAGAGCGAGAAGAAGAGACGAGAGGCCAUAGAGAGAGAGAAAGAGCAGAUGGAGAGGGAGAAACAGGAGCUGAUGAUGAGACUCUACCAGUUUGAGGAGAAGACCAAAAAAGCAGAGAAAGACCUGCAGGAGCAGAUGCAGAGGGCCGUGCAGCUGGAGCAUGAACGGAGACUGGCCGAUGAGGAGGCCGCCAGGUUGGAGGCAGAGAGGCAGGCAGCCCUGCUCGCGAAGGAGGAACUGGCCCGUCAAGCCAAGGACCAGCUAAAGAGUCAAGAACAGCUGGCCGCUGAGCUAGCAGAACAUACUGCUCGUAUUGCACUCCUGGAAGAAGCCAAAAGACGCAAGGAGGAGGAAGCUGUGACAUGGCAGCACAGAGCGAAAGAGGCCCAGGACGACCUGGUGAAGACCCGCGAGGAGCUUCACAUGGUGAUGGCGGCGCCACCUCUCCCUCCACCACCCCCCGCCUACGAACCUGAUGAGAACGAGUAUGAAGAUGGGGAGGAGAGCAACGGGAGCUACAGUGCAGACCUCCAGACAGGAGUAUUCCAUGACCACCGCAACGAAGAACAGCGAAUCACUGAGGCCGAGAAGAAUGAACGAGUUCAGAAACAGCUGUUGGCUCUGACCUCCGAGUUAUCCCAGGCUCGCGACGACACCAAGAAGACUCAGAACGACCUCCUGCACACAGAGAACGUGCGCGCCGGCCGAGACAAAUACAAAACUCUCCGGCAGAUCCGCCAGGGCAAUACCAAACAGAGAAUCGAUGAGUUUGAGGCCUUAUAAAAUAUCUGGACCAGGAAACUUUGGGAAGGAGGGGAAGGAAGGAGUCUCAAAGCCCUUGUCUGUUUUCUUUCUAUCCCCUACAUCUGAGUGGUCAAUGCAAGAGGCGCACGCACGCACACGGUAAUGCAACAGAUUUCAUUAGUAUGAUACGAACACUG